AUGCUCGAAGCCAUCAAGCACACCGAUGCCCGCGAAGGUGUUUGCGACAAGGUGCGUGAGGAGCAAGAGACGGGAGCUGGAUGCGGUGAGAGGGGGGAGGCGGGUCACCGCGAGGAGCUGCGCGACAGUGUUGAUAGUGACCAAGACCUGCGACGCGGCAAAGUUCUCGCGGAGCCAGAAGAACAGCCAGCCCGCUGCAUUGCGCCCGCCAUGGACAAUCUGUUUUUGCGGAAAAAUAAAUGCGACUCACCGAUGCACAGGUUGCCCAGUGCGUAG